UGUUGAGGGUGACUGUUACCUGUGUGUUCCGCCUGACCCGGGCAUUGAGGUUGCUGCUCUAGGUGCUGGUGAGGCUGCUGCUCUAAGUGCUAGUGCGUCUGCUGCCCCAGAUGCUGGUGAGUCUGCUCUCUCAGGUACUACGUCAGCUCAGGCCUUACACACUUUCACCCUUGACUCGGGUGCUUCCCGCUCCUUCUUUCGAGACCGCACCACGCUUACGCCGCUUAGUCGGCCGGUUGCGGUCUCCCUGGCGGACCCCUCUGGGGGCCCUGUCCUUGCUAGCUUCUCCACUGUCUUACCGUGUCCGGCAGCCCCCUCUGGCACCCUGUCAGGUCUCUACCUCCCCUCGUUCUCUACGAACUUGGUGAGUGGAGCUGAUCUACAGGACAGGGGGGUUGACCAGUUCACUCCUGCGAGUCAGCGGGUGACCCACUGCACGUGUGCUCGGACAGGUCGACACUUGGCCACGUUCACUCGUCGGCCGGGGUCGAGCCUGUACACACUUACUACUGAGUCUCCUCCGGCUGCUGAGUCUGGUCAGGUAGCUGCGUCGAGUCAGGUGCUUGCUGCAGCGUCCAGGCAUGGCCUCCCGUGUCCUUGUCUCUGGUCUCCCCCGGUCUCUCCCUCCCCUACCUCCGGGGCCUGCCCCUACCUGCGUCCCCUGCGUCGAGGGGCGACAGCGCGCCGCCCCUCACUCCUCCGAGUUUCCUCCGACAGAGGCUACGCUGCAGACUCUUCACAUGGACGUGUGGGGCCCCGCCCGCUCUGUGGCCAGGGGCACGAGCGUUACUUCCUGUUGGUGGUUGACGACUACUCGCGUUACACCACAGUCUUCCCCUUGCACAGCAAGGGUGACGUCGCUGAGGUGUUGAUCGACUGGAUCCGCGCAGCUCGUCUCCAGCUCAGAGAGAGUUUCGGCUCGGACUUUCCUGUUCUGCGUCUGCACUCUGACAGAGGCGGGGAGUUUUCCUCUGCCCGUCUGGGAGCCUUCUGUCGUGCACAGGGCAUCCGCCAGACCUUCACGCUUCCGGCCUCUCCACAGCAAAAUGGGAUUGCUGAGCGCCGCAUUGGCAUGGUCAUGGACGUCGCUCGUACGUCCAUGAUCCAUGCGGCUGCUCCCCAUUUUCUGUGGCCGUUUGCGGUUCAGUACGCAGCGCAUCAGCUCAACCUUCAGCCCCGGGUCUCCUUGCCAGAGACCUCCCCCACCUUGCGGUGGACGGGGAAGGUUGGCGAUGCGUCUGAGUUUCGGGUCUGGGGAUCUCGGGCGUUUGUCCGCGACUUGUCUGCGGACAAGCUGUCCCCCCGUGCUGUUCCCUGCGUCUUCCUUGGCUUCCCCCCUGACGCGCCUGGGUGGCAGUUUUACCACCCCACCUCGCGUCGUGUUCUGUCCUCCCAGGACGUCACCUUUGACGAGUCGGUGCCUUACUACCGUCUCUUCCCCUACCGCACUACGCCCCUCCCCCCGCCGCCGCUCUUCCUUGCGCCAGGUCCUCCCCCGGUAGACCCCCUCCCCCCUCAGGGUCCUGCCCCGUCAGGUGUGUCCCAGGUAGACGCAGUCGAGCCUGUCGAGGUAGCUGUUGACUCUGGUGCUGCUAGAGGUGCUGAGCCUGCGGGUGCCGGGUCUGGAGGUGCUGAGCCUCAGGGUGCGGAGCCUCGGGGUGCUGAGUCCAGGGGUGCGGAGCCUGGGGGUGCGGAGCCUGGGGGUGCUGAGCCUGGGGGUGCUGAGUCUGGGGGUGCUGAGCUUGGGGGUGCUGAGCCUGGGGGUGCGGAGCUUGGGGGUGCUGGGUCUACUCGUGUGGCCUCUCGCGGUGCUUCGUCGAGGCGGGAGCCACUCUCUCCACAGGAGCUGCGCGAGUGGUUUGCCCGGCGCUGGAGCCGUGCUGCUGGAGCUGGAGGUACUACUGUUGCUGCUGGUCCCGGAGGUGCUCGUACUGGCGGUACUGGGGCUGCUGGAGUUGGUCCUGCUGGAGGUACUGCUGGAGCUGCUGGCGGUACUGGAGCUGCCGGUCCUGUUGGAGUUGGUGCUGCUGGAGCUGCUGGAGCUGGAGCUGCUGGGGGUGUUGGCGCUGGUGGUUCUGCUGGCGCUGCUGCGUCUGAGGGUGCUGGAGUUGGCGCUGCUGGAGCUGGAGGUGCUCCUUGCGCUGGUGCUGCCGCUGGGAGUACUGGUGCUGUCCCUGCUGGUUCUGGAGGCACUGCGCGGCCGCGGCCGUACUUCGCUCCGCUCCUUGAGCAGGUUCUUGGUCUCCCGCCCUCUACUGGUCCUGCUCCUCCCUUAGAGUGUCCACCGCCUGUCCAGUCGCAGUCACAGUUACAGCCCGCCUCCCCCCUACCUGCUCCUUCUCCCUACACUGGUCCUACUGGAGGUCUUGCUGAGCGUCGUGAGCCUGCGUCUCGUCCUGCGUCGCCUGUUCGUGUUGCUCGCACUAGUGGUCGUGCUCCGCGUCCCCCUCCUCCUGCGGUCCCAGGCACACACCAGAUGGCCCUGCAUCCUUCCACUGCUCCUCUGCGUGUCCCGUUGCCGUCUCCUCCUGAGUCCUCUCUUCCUGUUCUUGCUGACCCGGAGUCUGACUCUCUUCGUGCUGCCAGUCCUACUGUCACGCGUCUCCUGGCUACUGUUGUCACUGACCCUUCCUUUGAGUCCACUGCUGCGUCGGCCCUCGUUGCUGAGCUUGUCGACUUUGCUGCUCGCUGUCGUCUAGACUACGCUGCUAGUCUUGUUGCUGAGUCUGAGUCUGUCUGUCCUCCGUCCGUCGGGGGUGAGUGUGCUCUUAGCACGGACGUCCUUGAGGACAGGCAGGAGGAGUUCCAGUAUUUUGCUGCUGCUUUGCCUCAUCUCGUGUCCACGCUGAUUGCCCCUGAGGGAGACCCGGAUGCACCAGACAUCCCGACUCCUCGAUCGGUGAAGCGGCCGCCGGGUUCUCCGCCUGUCUUCAAGGCGCGUUACGUGGCUCGAGGCUUCAGUCAGCGGCAGGGAGUUGACUACUUUCAGACCUUCUCUCCCACCCCGAAGAUGACCACUCUUCGGGUGCUGCUGCACAUAGCUGCUCAGCGCGACUACGAGCUUCACUCUCUUGACUUCAGCACAGCUUUCCUGCAGGGCAGCCGGCACGAGGAGAUUUGGCUGCGCCGCCCACCUGGCUUCACUGGGUCGUUUCCUCCUGGUACCCAGUGGAGCCUCCGGCGGCCAGUCUACGGUCUCCGCCAGGCGCCCCGUGAGUGGCACGACACACUGAGGACUACACUUGCGGCUCUUGGGUUUGCUCCUUCUACAGCCGACCCGUCGCUGUUUCUGCGCACCGACACCUCUUUGCCGCCGUUCUACAUCCUCGUGUACGUCGACGACUUGGUCUUUGCCACUGCUGACACUGCUGGACUCGCCCACGUGAAGUCCGAGCUGCAGAAGAGACACACGUGCACAGACCUGGGUGAACUGCGCAGCUACCUUGGCUUGCAGAUCACCCGGGACAGAGCACAGCGCACCAUUACCCUGACUCAGUCACACAUGGUGCAGCAGGUCCUUCAGCGCUUCGACUUCACGUACUCCUCGCCUCAGGCCACUCCUCUGUCUACUCGCCACUCGCUCUCAGCUCUGCCUUCGGAUGAGUCCGUAGAGCCGAGUGGCCCGUACCCAGAGCUUGUUGGCUGCCUCAUGUGCCUGAUGACCUGCACACGACCUGACCUUGCAUACCCUCUUAGUAUCUUGGCACGCUAUGUUGCUCCUGGGAGACACCGACCAGAGCACAUGGCUGCAGCGAAGAGGGUGUUGCGCUACUUGUGCAGUACGUCGGGCAUGGGGCUAGUGCUUGGAGGGCGACGUCGAGUGGUACUGACAGGUCACGCAGACGCUUCUUGGGCUGACGACCAGGCUACGCAGCGGUCGUCACAGGGUUACACCUUCAGCCUUGGCUCCGGCUCUGUUUCGUGGCGGUCUACCCGCUCGUCUUCUGUUCUCGGCUCCAGCUGUGAGGCUGAGAUCUACGCGGGGGCCAUGGCUGCACAGGAGCUACGCUGGCUCACCUACCUGCUGACUGACCUAGGAGAGCCGCCUCGUUCUCCUCCAGUUCUGUAUGUAGACAACAAGGCCAUGCUGGCCUUGUGUCGGGAGCACAGACUGGAGCACAGAACGAAGCACAUUGCUCCCCGCUACUUCCUUGCUCGUGAGCAGCAGCAGCGUGGUCAGCUGCGCCUUGCUUACGUGGCCUCUGAGGCCAACACUGCUGAUAUCUUUACCAAGGCCCUUCCGCCUGGUGAUCAUCAGCGCUUCUGUACUAUGCUAGGUCUUGUGCCUACUUGGCCUCACUUGCUCACUUCUUGA